CCACAUGGUACACAGGGAGCGAUAGAGGCAAGACCGAUAGUGUUCCCUAUAUUUUCUACCCGGUGUGUUGUUGCAGUAUGAAAUACUGCUUAGUAUUUACUAUGUACGAAGAAAAUAAUGGUAUCUUGCCGUUCGAUGGUUUGAAGAAACGCCUUCCGUUCGGAUAUUGCAACAGUCAGACAUUAUAUAUUGGGUCCCGUGGUGAAUGAAUGUCCUCAUUGCCACUGUUUCUCCUCCUUUCUUGAUAAUUUGGAAGUUAACAGCAUGGACAUGGACGACUUGAACUCUUGGUUUGACUCUAACUAUCAGAAUGACUCCCAGAAAUUUAUUGAGAAGAAUUCACUGUUGAAAUCUUUGAAAGACAAAAUCAUAUCAUCUGAUAAAAUCAUGAAGCUACUUCAGACCAAGACAAAUGAGUCAGCAUUUCUUAAGAAAAAGUUGCAGAAUUUAGCCGAGUGUUUAAAGCAAAAAGAAAGGACUUCUCAAGAACUGCGUUCACAAGUCAACAAUCUUCUCAAGGGAGCUGAACUCAAUAAGAAGCUUAAAGCAGACCAUGAGUUGGCUUUGACUAAGAAAGAUUCAAUUAUUGAGGACUUGAAGCUUAAAAUCUCUUACAUUGAGAGUGAAAAUAAGAUCUUCCGUGAAUCAUCUGAAGCCUAUCUUGCUGAAAAGAGCAAACUAAAGGAGUUGGUCUCAGUGAAGGAGCUUGCUGAGAAAAAACAUUCAUUAAGCAUUGAGAAGAAAGACAAGCGGAUUAAAGUGUUAACACAAAAUUUUGAAGGCAAUAAACAAAUGUUGUUAGAACUGAGAGAAAAAUUCAACUCACUGCAAAAAGAAAUGCACAAGCUAAAGGAACAAAAUAAAAGUUUCCCUCCAGUCUUCCAAGAUACUGCUGUCACUUCUCCACCUCCAAACCUUCCAUCCAGAGAUGAUGAAAUUGCACGUAUAAUUAGUGAAAUGACUUUACCAAUUAUGUUGUCUCCUAUCCCUUCAGAACAUAAUGAAGAGGAUGAUGAAAAUUCAUUCUGUAGCCUUCCAGAUCAGAAUGGCUGUGAUGAUGGUUCUGUUGACCACUUUGCAGAAAUGUUGGAGACAGAAUUUCUUAAAGGAGUUGAUGCUGACAGUGAAACCAAUAAAGUACAAGAUGCUGUGAUGCUACCAAAUGACAAUUCUUGCCAUCUUUUGCAAUCUCCUCAGAAUGAGGAUCAUUUACAGGUUAAUCCUUAUCAAAUAAAUGAAAAUGGUAUCAAUACUACCACAAUUGUCUGUGAUAAAAAUAGUGAAAGUGGUAAUGAUCAUCUCAAUGCUGAACAAGGUUGCAUGAAACAAGAUUUAGAAGAUGGAAGUUCUAAACAGUUUGAAAGUGUUCCUGGCACAGCAAUCCGUACAGACGUUAUCCAGAUAAAUGACACAGAACUUUUACCACGUUCUGGUAAUAUAAAUUCUGGAGAUGUCUCUACACCUGAUUCUGUAACAUAUCACAAUGUUGCCUAUAAUUACACUGAUACAAUGCCAAGUCAUGGUGAAACAUUGUUAAAUGAUAAAAUCAAUACAAAUCCACCAGCACCUAGAAAAUGUUCAAAUUUGUUUGAUGAAAACUUAAAGAAAUCUAAAGAAAACAAGGAGCAGGAUAUAAUUAGUGAAUCUUUGGUUGAAUAUCAGAAUGAUAAUGAUAAUAAAUGUGAUAUCAAGUGUGGCUAUAAUUCUGAUUGCAGCAAAGCAAAUUCAAACAAAAUUUUGGAAAACCAUAUAGCAAAAGAUCUUAGUCAAACUGCUGAUAAUUCAAAGUUUGAUUCUGUUACAUUCCAUGAAGAUGCUUAUAAUAACACUGAAACUCUUUCAGUUUGUGGUGUAACAUCUUUAGAAAAUGAAAUUGAUGCAAAUCUAUCAGUUCAAAGGAAAUGUUCAGAUUCGUCUGAAGGUACCUUAAAGAUAUCUAAAGAUAGGAAGAAGAGGAAUAUCCAUAAAGAAUCUUUGGCUAAAAAUCAGAAUGACAAUGAUAGAAACAAAUCUAAUACCAUGUGUGGUUAUAACUCUGAUUAUAACAAAAUGAAUUCAAAAGAGGUUUUAGGAAACCAUAUUGAAGAAAAUUCCAGUGAAACUGUUGAUAUUAAGAUUGGAUCACUGUCUGCUAAGAUUCCUGCAAUAACAAAAGAUUUAUCUGAAGCAGACUUGAGGUUAACUAUUUCUGAAACAUUUCAGCUAACUCAACCUCCACAUCACCAAAAUGACAUCAUUAAUUAUCAUCAUUCACAGAAUAACUCCCAAACCUUAGAUACUGAAAAUUUUAAAGAUGAAAACCUAGCAGUUAAAAAUAUUUUAGAUGAUAAAAGCCUUCUUCAUGAAUUUUCUUUGUCUAAAGAUGAUAAAUCUUCAAAUCUUUCCUUGUUAUUUAACAAAUCAGACAGUAAAUUAAACAAUUCAGAAACUCACUUUAACAAUUCAGAGAUUAAAGUCAACAAUUUAGAAACUAAAGUUAAUAAUUCAGAAACUGAAUUUAACAAUUCAGAAAUUAAAUUCAGUAAUUCAGAAACUAGAUUCAGCAAUUCAGAAACUAAAUUCAACAAUUCAGAAACUAAAUUCAUUGAUUCAGAAACUCAAUUUAACGAUCCAAAAACAAAAUUUAACAAUCCAGAAACUAUAUUUAACAAUCCAGAAACUAAAUUUAAUGAUUCAAAAACUACAUUUAACAAUCCAGAAACUAAAUCUAACAAUCCAGAAACUAAAUUUAACAAUCCAGAAACUAAAUUUAACAAUCCAGAAACUAUAUUUAACAAUCCAGAAACUAAUUUUAACAAUCCAGAAACUAAAUUUCACAAUCCAGAAACUAAAUUUCACAAUCCAGAAACUAAAUUUCACAAUUCAGAAACUAAAUUUCACAAUUCAGAAACUAAAUUUCACAAUUCAGAAACUAAAUUUAACAAUCCAGAAACUAAAUUUAACAACCCAGAAACUAAAUUUAAUGAUUCAGAAAUUAAAUUUAACAAUUCUAAGAAAACAAAUAUCAUAUCCACAUCAGUCUCUCUUCCUAAAAUAUCUGAAAUAGUUAUUGCUAAUAAUGAAAUGGAAGAUCUAAAUGAUAGAACUAGUUUGGUAUCCAAUGAACCAGCAGCAUUGAAACUCCAAGAGAAAGUUUGUACUGAGAUUAACAAUGGAAAUACUUCCAGUGAAGAAUUUAAUGAUUUUAGUGAUGAUUCUUUAGAUUUGGAUUACAACACAUCUAAGAAAGUGGGCUUUCAAAGAAAUUCAGUAGAAUAUGUAGCUGAUGGUGAGAUAAAGGAACGUCACCUGAUUAAAAUUGAACAUUCAUAUGCAUUAGAAACUAUGAACGAUGAAGAUAGCUUGAUAUUUUCUGAUUCACUCUCUGAGCAAGAAAUAGAUUCAAGUUUAGCUAAAUGUUAUACAACAAAACCUAAGCCUACUACCUUUAUAAAUGACUUGUUUGGUAUUUGUAGUUCAGACUCUGAAAGUGAGAAGCAAUUUUCAAAUAGUGAUAUUCCUUUAAAAUCUGUAAAUAAUAGUGAUAGAAUAGAAACCAGUACAAACUCUGAUGACCCAAAUCCCCAAAUCUUCCCAGUGAAAUUAAAAGAAUUACAGUCUGAAGAUAUUCCUUUAAAAUCUGUAAAUAAAAGUGAUAGAAUAGAAACCAGUACAAACUCUGAUGACCCAAAUUCCCAAACCUUUCCAGUGAAAUUAAAGGAAUUACAGUCUGAAGAUAUUUCUUUAAAAUCUGUAAAUAAUAGUGAUAGGAUAGAAAGCAAUAAAAAUUCUGAUGACCCAAAUUCCCAAAUCUUUCCAGUGAAAUUAAAGGAAUUACAGUCUGAAGAGAAGACAAUGCCUGAAGAUAAAAAUCUGCUGAUCCGAUGUGACUCUUUUAAUACAUCUCUAGAUGUUGAUGAUAAUAAUGAAGAUUCACAGCUGUCGAAUUUCAGCAUUAAGACAAAUAUGGAGCAUAAAAAAGUUACUGCAACUGGAACAGCUUGUGGAGACAUCAAAGAAAAUAGUAAACCUUCCCAGAAGGUUGAAGAAGCUCCAUGUAUCAGAACUAAUGUUGUAAAUAAUAAACCAUCAUCUCAUAUUAAAUGUUCUGUAACCUUUCUCCAACAUUCUACUUCAUUAUUGGAUUCUAUAAAAUCUAAGAGCAAAGCAGUAGAGAAUGGGAAAAACAAUUCUGUGAGUUCAAAACAAUUAGGAUUUGAACAGGUCGUUGAUUUCUGUCACAAUACUGAGAAAUCCCAGUCAGAAAACAUAGCACAUGACACAUCAUAUCCAAAGAUCUUUGCUCGAGAAUCUAAUGAAACUACUUCUAGUAAUGAUAGUCUGACAUUAAUUGAAGAGUUCAUUUUAGUUGCUCCUCUGAUAACUCCAUUCCCAGAUACUUUAGAAUUUAUCAAAAAACAUUCUUCACACACAGAUACGGUAAACAGUAAGUAUGCUGUUGAUCAAAUCUCAACAAAGAGUUCUGUAGAGAACCCUUUGCCUCCACAUCUGUCCAUCAACUUUAGGAAAAGACCAACUGAAAAUUCCAUUCUACCAAAUAUCAGUAGUGGAAACAAAAACCAUGUUAAUAGUCAAGACAGCAAAUACCCUGAUGAACCGGUGCUAAAGAGCAGCAAGCAGACCCCUGUGAAAGUAUUCAAUCUUUCCCAUAAUUUAUCAUCUGACCAAAAUGUCCCCAGCAAAAUCUCAGCUACAUUUGCUCACAGAAGGAGAUUAUUAAAUAAAUCCAGAUCCUUAAAUCGAUCACAUCAUCUGCUUUUAAGCAAGAAGACUGGUCAGUUGAAAGAAUUUAAAAAAGAGUCUCAUAUUACAGCCGUCCAGACAACUGAGAAACUGACAAAAAAACAAGUUCAGUUUGAAUCUAUUUCUGAUCUGAAGUUAAAGAAGGCUGAAGAAAUUAAGAAGUGUUUUGUCAAAGCUGGAGAAGUUAUUGGUGAUAACUCUGUUACCACUUCAGAAAGUAAGCUUCCAGAAACUUCCAAUGUAGAUAUAAUAUGCAAAAGUGUCGGUCAGAAAAAGCACAAAAGAUUAAAAAUUGAUAAAACAUCAGAAGAUUCCACUGAAGAACAGCUCCAUAAAAGACAGUGUAAAGAAAACCGAGUGAUAGCCGAGAAAACCAGAUCAGCUUCUCAUAAAGUUGAACGAGAGUUGGUAAAUUAUUGGAAGUCUUUAUCAUCACCACCAAGUGGAACAAUUGAGAAAAUAUUUAACUCCAGAUUAGAACCAGCAUUAAUUAUAAACAGUCUGGUGUUGCAGAUUGUCAAGUUGCUGGAGGCAAGUCAGUACGAAAUGGUCCAGUGGUACUAUAUCCAUUCUAAUGCAGGACAACCAACACCUUACCUUAGUGAAAAAGAAACUAGACUCUUUCAGCUUAUCAGUGUUCUAAAUGAUCGACCAGAUGUAAAUGAAUUUAUCCCUAAACUCUGUGAUAGUAUUCAGAAAGCUGUGUACAACUAUGGCAAGGAAUCAAACCAUUUAGGAAGAUGGUCUCUUUGCCGUGUAUAUAUUGCUUUAUGCCGUCUUCAAGGUCAUCUCAGUACGGCCCGUAUUUUCUUUUAUAACACAUUAUGCCAGCUGCCUUCUCCACAGUACAUGCUGUUUGCUUUAACUGUCUCUGCUACAUGGCCUUUGGUGUUGACUUUUAACAGAGAAGGUGGACAAGUGACUUUACCUCAAGUUAUUGAACACGUAGUAGUUAAUUCAAUCAAAGGAAAACAUGUAGAUAAAAAGAUUCUGCGGUGUUUACAUAAACUGUGUGGGUGGACUCUUCAAGCAGAAACUAAGAAAAAUGAGGUUCCACGCCAGCUUUUAGCACAACUCCAGGGUUGUCUUGAUGCUACGAUGAGCAGAGAUGAUACAUUUCGUCUAAUGAAAGGAAUUGAACUGCUGAGUCUCCAAGAGAAUUGGUCCUGGACGAACAGUCUAAUUCGGAACCGUAUUGGUCCUUUGUUAAAAAAAUAUCUCUCAAUCGAAGAACCAAGUGAAUCAGUCACCACCGUCUUGUCUUUCAUACUUGAAAUGUUAGGUAAUUUGUAUUUACAUGGUCAAACAAGGGACAAAACUGCAUGCUAUGCUGUGAAUUACCUCCUGAAACCACUCUUAGCCUCUAAAAAAGUUCCUCAACAGAUCAGCUUAUGUUGUGCUAAUGUAUUACUAAAAUUGUUUCCAUUUGAUCCUGGCACAGUAUAUCCAACUUUGGAAAUCUGGCUCAGUGAAAAUCCAACAGAAAUUACAUCAAGUUUGGCUGAAACAUGGGCCACUAUAAAACACAAAAUAAACAACUUCAGAACAUGACCUCCAGAGAAAACAGCAGGCUAAGAUGUUAUUAAAGAUAUCUGCAUAAUUAUUUGUAUUUAACGAAUUUGUACAUUAAUAAUUUAAUAAUUUGUAUAUUAUUUAAUAAAACAGACUGAUUUCAAUUUUUCAUUGAAACAUAAAGAUGUCUUGAUUAUAUUUGUAUAUUUUAGUAUGAUCAGAAUCUUGUCAAAUUUCCAAAGAAAAGAAAAAGAAAACAAAGAAAAUAUU